AUGGCCCCCAUCGCCCUCACCCAAACGACGCGCGAAAUCACCGAGGCCGACCUCGCGGCGUCGCGCGCGCAGAUCGAGGCUGCCAACGUCGGCCAGAAGGGCUUCACGGGCUUCGGCGUGCCCCCCGACGCCGCGCUGCGUCGCUACCUGAAAGCAGGCAUCGACCUGUCGUCCGGAUACCCGGCGUACCCCCGCCGCCCGGACGUCGCCGGCGCGAGCGUCGGCGAGGCGCACCUCCGUGGCGGGAAGCCGUAUGUCGACCCUGGCACGCGCGCGGAUAAGGACAAGAAGGCGCUCUUUGGCGCUGCGAGCGCGGUGCGCAACCUCACCAAGCAUAUCGGGACGGAGAUUGUCGGCCUCCAGCUCGCCGACCUGACCGACACGCAGCGCGACGAGCUCGCCCUCCUCGUCGCGGAGCGCGGCGUCGUCUUCUUCCGCGACCAAGACCUCAGCCCGCACGACCAGCUCGCGCUGGGCAAGUACCUCGGCGACGGCGCCGUGCACCGCGACGACUCGAUCGCCAACGUGCCCGGGUUCGAGGACAGCUUGACGGUCGUGUGGGAGACGGCGCGGCUGUACAAGCGGAGCUUUCGUAACCCGUGGCCCGAGUACGAUGUUGGCCGCGGACACGGGUGGCACGUCGACGAGAUCUACCAGCCUGUCACGCUGGGGUACACGCACCUGUACCAGGACACGGUGCCGGACGACUCGGGCGACACGCUCUGGGCGAGCGGGUAUGCGGCGUAUGACCUGCUGAGUCCUGGGCUCAAGAAGAUUGUCGACGGACUGACCGGCAUCUACAAGUCGCAGAUCACGUACAAGCCCGCCGACAGCGCGUCCGGCGCUGAAGUCCCGGUGCUCCACCGCGCGCCGCUGGUGCGCACCCACCCCGCGACGGGGUGGAAGACGCUCUUCACCGCGUCGCGCGGGCUGAUCGGCCUCGAGGGCUUCGACAAGGCCGAGUCGGACGUGCUCAUCAAGUAUCUCAACGACGUGGCCGAGAACAGCAUCGAGACGCAGGUGCGCUUCCACUGGACGCCGGGCACCAGCGCGAUCUGGGACAACCGCGUCGUGAUCCACACGAUCGCGCGCGACUUUGACGGCGAGCGCCACGGCACGCGCGUGUCGUCGCUUUCUGACAAGCCCGUGUUCGACCCGGCGAGCAAGAGCCGCGGCGAGGCGCUCGGCAUCGCGGGGUGGACUACGCCCGCUUGGGACGUCGAGCAGUUCUUCAAGUCCGGGUACUCUGCGUAA